AUGACUCCCCCACCCCGUGUAUCAGGGGCGGAGCUCGACUGGGCGGCCAAGGCGCGGCUCUGGGCGGAGCAGCGGGCGGCGCAGGAAACGGCGGACGCGGCGGCGGCGGCAGCUGCGGCGGCAACAAGUAAAGAAGCAGCAGCUAACGAGGACAAGGAACCACCGAAGCAGGAUAUUGCAGCAGCGGAUGCGGGGGGGGGGGGCGCCGGGAACGCAACUGCAGGAUGUGGUACGUACAACGGAGUGUACUCGGGAUAUGGGGAUGCCAAUGCGCCUGACGCUGCUGCAGCGUCAGCAGCAGCAGCAGGAGCGGCGGCAGCAGGCGGAUUCCCCCCUCAGCACGCGCACGACCAGCACUACCCGCGCCUGCCCCCGCCGCCACCCGCUCCGCCGCUCCUCUCCGCCCCGGCCCCCGCGCACGCCUCCGCGCUCCCCCCUCCGCCCGGCCCGCCGCCGCAAUACCCCCCACCCGCAACACCAGCAACAGGGGCGGUAGCAGCAGCCGCGUACGUGCCGCCAGCCAAUCAGGCAGCAGACAUGUCAGUACUCUCACCAGCAGUGCUGGCGGCGGCACAGGCGGCAGCAGCAUCUGCAGGAAUGUAUUUCGACCCGGCUGUAUAUGACAUGGGCGGGGGUGGCUCCAUCACUCCCGGCGCUAAACCAAAGAAGUCGCUCCCCUCGUGGCUUGUGGACGAGGUCAUCAAGAAGAAGGCAGCCUUAGCAGCAGCAGGAGCGGCAGACUCACCUGCUAAAGCCCCCCCCAAGGACAAAUGGUACAACGAUAGAGGCCCUCUCGCGGGAACUGGUGCUGGCGCUGGUGGUGCUGCGCGUGGUGCCUCUGGUCGUGGUGGUGGGGGGAGAAGGGGUGUGGAGAGUGAUGAUGAGGAAGAGGACGAGGAGGAGGAGACGGAGGUGCAGCGGAGGAUGGCGAUGAAUAAUGAGAUCAAACGCGUGCUCACAGAAGUGCUGCUCAAGGUGACUGACGACAUGGUGAGGCGGAUCGCCAAGGAUGCUCUCAGGGAUCCCCGCGAGGAGGAGGACGAGGAGGAGGCGGAAGAGGAGGAGAAGGGGAAGAAUGUUAGUGGAGGGAAAUGGGUGACAGUGGGUGAAGGGGAGGAGGAUGAGAAGGAGAAGGAGGAGGAAGAGGAGGAGAAAGGGACCGGGGGGGAGAAGGAUGGAAACAGGGGUAUGGAGGUGGAGGAGAAGGAAGAUGGGACAGCAGGUGAAGAGUCAGGUGAAAAACCAGGUGGGGCAGGCGUGGUUGAGGAAAACAGGGGGGUUGUGGAAGGAGGGGCAGGUGAGUUUGGGAGGAAGGGGGUGGUUGAGACGAGCAAGGCAACAGGUGCCGAGAGGAAGGCGAAGAGUAAGAGGAAGAAGAAACGGGCCGGAGGGGUUGGAGGGUUGUUGGGUGGAGGGCUGUUGGGGAUUGCAUAUGGGAGCGAUGAGGAUGAUGAGGAUGAUGAGGAUGAGGAGGGGGAGGGGGAGGAGGAGGAGGAGGACGACGACGACGAAGAGGAUGAGGAGAAGGAGGAGGAGGAGAAGGAAGAGGAGGAGGAAAAGGAGAAGGAGGAGGAGAAUGGAGUUGUAAGGGAUACAAAGGACAGAGGGGUUGAUGGUGGUGAUGGGGGUGGGAGUGCGGUGCCGAGAGACGGAAUGGGGAGGGAGGAGCAAGUGAAGGAUGGUGCGUUGGAGGAGGGGAAGGAUGGGGAAGAAGGGGAUGAAGGGGCGAAGAUGGAGGGAAGGCAGGAGGAACGGGGCGAUAAGAGCAUGGGGCAGCAGGAGGGAGGGGAAGAGGUGCGCACAGGGGCGGAUGAUGAGGGGGAGAGGGGGAGGAGGAGAAAGUGUGGCGAGGAUGAUGGGGUAGGGAAGGGAAAGAAGACAGGGGAAGGGCGUGGGAGGGCGAGGGGAGAGGACGAGGGAGGGGAGGAGGAAAGCAAGAAAGGAAAGUCGAGCAGGAGGGGUGAGAGGGAAGAUGAUAAGGAGAAGGAUGGGGAGAGUGAGGAGAGCGAGGGGAGGAAGGAGAAAAAGAGAGGGGAGCAUGAGAGGAAGGAGGGAAGUGAGAAGAGGCAUAGAGAAGAGAGGGAUGGGAAAGGGAAGGGGGGGGAUGAUGAAGAUGGGUUGGGGUCAAGGAGCAAGCAGAAGAGCCGAGAGGCAAGGGAGUCUCAGGAGAGGAAGAGGGCGAAGGAGAAGGAGAAAACUAAAGAGAAGGAUAAAAGGAAGGAUGAAGAGAAGGAUGAUGGAAAAGAGAAGGAGAAGAGGAGUGGUAGGGGUGAGGAGAGGAGCAAAGAGAGGGAUGAGAGGAGGGGCAAGGAGAGGGAGAAGGAGAGGAGUGUUGUGAAGGGUGGGGAGAGGGAAAAGGACAGAGACAGGAGGGGGAAGGAGAGAAAGAGGGAUGGAGAUGAGGAGGGGAGCAGGGACGAAAGCAGGGAGGAGGGCGGCAGGAAGGAGCGUAAGGAGGAUGGCAAGGAGAGGAAGGGAUCUAAAGGCGAGAAAGAGGAGGAGGAGGAGAAGGAGAAGGAGGAGCGUAGGAGCAAGGAGAAGCGUGAGAGGAAAGACAAGUCUGAAGGUAGGAGGAAGGAGGAGAGCAAAGAGAAGAAAGGAGAAGCUGAUGCUGAUGCUGACAGUGACGAGGAUAGGAGUGGAGAGCGGGAGAGGGGAAGCAAGCACGGGCGAUUGGAGAGAAAGGAGGCAGGAAGGAAGGGCAGGCAUCGCAGCAAGUCGCGGUCCCGGUCCCGGUCCUGGUCCCCUCAACCCGAGCGCUCUUCCAGUGAUGGGGACGAGGAGGGGGAAGAUCGUGGCAGCCCCCCUCUGGGCGGACCAGUUUGUCCUUCCUGUGCCGCCACUGCUUUCACACAGAGCAGCGCACGCCUCUCAGCAGACCAGCUCCCGUGCGCGGUGGCACUUUCUCAGCCUAACAACCAACACCCCCCCAUGCGCGGUGGCCUGUGGUCGUGUUUCCGGGUCUGCGGGUUUCCUUUCCCUCUCCCUCCCUCCCACUUCUCUCUAUGGUUCCGAUCCUCCUCCCUGCAGUUCCAACCUAAUUCUAUCGUCUUGCUUUUACCUCCCCCCUUUGCCCCUCUCCUGAACCUGCCUGCGCUCCUUGCUGCACCCUCCCCUCCUCCUUUGUCCCCUCCUUCCUCCUCUCCCCUUCCUUCCUUUGCACCUCCCUCAACUUCUCCCUGA